AUGGAUCAGAGCCUAGGCAAAGGCGCCUAUGGUUGAAUAAACUUGACAGGAAGUCGUUAUUCAUUUGACCAAUCUCAUCACGAGAAGUCCGCUAGGACGGAGUCCGCAUAGGAGCUGGAGAGGUUCAUUCUCACUAGUACCUACUCUGUUUGUAGCUACGUUAGUUCUGUAAUUAAGUUAGUUGACCAGCUUUAUUACAACUUACUGGGCGCACAAAAGCAGUGAAGGUCUGUUUUUGUACUACGAUAUGGACGAACAGAGUAGCUGUUGAACAAAGUAACAUUUCGGGUGGAUGAUAACAGUGGACAUGUGCAAUAAGCUGCACUGGACACUACCUGGCUGCCAGUCUGUCAACUGACAGCUGUCACCGCACCUAGCUUGUUAGCGAACUAGCUGGGUUAGCCUACGGCUAACAAGUGUUUUUAUUUUUUCAAGCUCCUAGCCUGGCUAAUUUAGCCAGUCAAUGCUGCUGUCGGUUUCACUGUGGAAAGUAGUGACUUCCGCGUGGACGUUAUAUUUUAUUUUCUCAACAAUAUUUGACUCCGCCUGCUGUUCAAACCAUGAGUUAGCAAAGGAGCUUCGGACAGCGGUGUAUGGAAUAAUCUGGGGUCCGGCUAGUUAGUUAGCAUUUAGCUUGAAGCUAGCUAGCUGUAGCGUUAUUCAUUCAAUUAUAGAAACACUGUUAAAGCUUUAACACCAACAUCUUUCCGACCAGCGAUUGGUUAUAUUCAGUCAUACUCUUCCUUGUGAUACUGAUACUGAUACAUUUUUGAUUUUGACCGUGCUUUGGAUAACAUCAGCGGGAAAUGAAGAAAUUUUUUGAUACUCGUCGGGAGUUGGUGAGCUCUGGGCCUGGUUCCGGAGGCGCUGGUUCCGGCAUCGGUGGCACCUUCAUCGGACGGGUCUUUAUCAUUGGACGAUAUCAAGUGACCGUUGAGGAAAUUGUCGCAGAAGGAGGUUUUGCCAUAGUUUUUUUGGUGCGGACUCAUCAAAGUCUACGCUGUGCACUAAAAAGGAUGUAUGUAAACAAUGAACAUGAUCUGCAGGUCUGCAAACUUGAAAUACAAAUUAUGAGGGACCUAGUAGGCAACAAAAACAUAGUUGGUUUCCUGGACUCCAGCAUAACUGCAGUGGGAUCUGGUGAUGUGUGGGAAGUCCUAAUCUUAAUGGACUUCUGUCGAGGUGGGCAGGUGGUUAACCUAAUGAACCAGAGGUUACAGACAGGCUUCACUGAGGCUGAGGUAUUGCAGAUCUUCUGUGACACAUGUGAGGCAGUUGCUCUUCUCCACCAGUGCAAGACUCCAAUCAUUCAUCGAGACCUCAAGGUGGAAAAUAUUCUUCUGCAUGACCGGGGACACUAUGUGCUCUGUGACUUUGGGAGUGCCACCAAUCGCUUUCAGAAUCCUCAAACAGAGGGAGUGCCAGUAGUGGAGGAGGAAAUCAAAAAGUACACUACUCUGUCAUACCGUGCUCCAGAGAUGGUCAACCUCUAUGAUGGAAUGGUCAUCACAACAAAGGCAGACAUUUGGGCCAUGGGUUGCUUACUCUAUAAGCUGUGCUACUUCACACUUCCUUUUGGGGAGAGUCAAGUGGCUAUCUGUGACGGCAACUUCACUAUCCCCGACAACUCCCGCUACUCCCAGGACUUGCACUGUUUCAUUAGAUACAUGCUGGAACCUGACCCAGAUAAGAGACCAGACAUCUACCAAGUGUCUUACUUUGCUUUUAAACUGGCUCGACGGGAGUGUCCAGUCCCAAAUGUUCAUAAUGUACCUAUUCCAACAAAGCUGCCUGAACCCAUCAGAGCCAGUGAAGUGGUGGCCAAAAAGAGCCAAACUAAAACCAGGCUCACAGAUCCCAUUCCUACCACAGAAACCUCAAUUGCACCUCGACAACGCCCCAAGGCAGGCCAGGCUCAGGCCCAGCCGAUAUCAGGCAUUCUUCCCAUCCAGCCUGCUCUCACUCCACGCAAGAAACCCAGUGUGGCUGCUGGAGCACCCCAGGCCAUAGGUGUUGGAAUCAGUGUUUCAGCUACAGCUGCUGUCCAGUCUGUUCAGCAAGCUCCUGCUGCACAAAUCGCACAGCAGCCAGCUAAGAUGACCAACACACAGCCACAGGCUACACCACAGCAUCACCAGCUCCUCAUGAAGCAGCAAGCGUCAGCCUUCUUAAGUCCACAGAGUCACCAGCAGGUCAGCACUGUGCAAUGCAAGCAUCAACUGGUACAGAGCCACCACCACCACCAACAGCAGCAACAACAAACAGCAUCUCAUGCCAAUCCCACUCCUCCAGUUGUUAACCUGCAACUGCAGCACCAUUGGCAGCAGCAGCAUGUUGUCCAUGAGACAGCAGCUCUCCAUCUCACACCCAUCCCUGAGUCUGCAGUCACUGAUCCUGCAGCUCACCCUGAGGUGUCUGGCCGGGGGAUACACAAAGUCGGCUCUUUGACACCUCCCUCAUCACCAAAGAUGGCCCCUAAGAGUGGCCACAGACGAAUCCUCAGUGACGUCACCCACAGUGCUAUGUUCGGGGUCCCAGUCAGCAAGUCCACCCAAUUACUUCAGGCAGCUGCAGCUGAGGCCAGCCUCAACAAGUCCAAGUCAGCCAGCACUACUCCUUCUGGCUCUCCCCACGCUUCCCAGCAGAGUGUGUAUCAUCCAGGUGAUGCUGACGCCCCGUCAGCCCUUAGUGCACCCAGCACUCAGCCCAGCUGGAACCCCUUUGGGGACGAUAACUUCUCUAAGCUAACGGCAGAGGAACUACUCAACAAAGACUUUGGAAAGCUAGCUGAGCGAGAUAAGGUCACAGGAUCCAAUGAAAAUCUCAUUCCAGGCCUCUGUGCUUUUCCAGAGAAGCUGACUGAGGGACUGAAGUCCCCUGAAACUUCUCUGCUGCUCCCUGCCCUCCUAACCCUGACUGACGCCUUCAAAAGUUCCUCAGAGAGCGCCGCCAAUGUGAAGGCAGAGGAGUGUGUGGAUUCACUGAUUCCUGGUUUGGAAGCCCCCCACGCCCAGCGACAUUCAGCUCAGCCAGAGCUCAUCCCAGCUAGCAUGCCAGACUCUCUCACUGGGGAGGAUUCUCUGCUGGUUUGCGAUUUGCUUUCUCUUACUUCUCCUCAUGGAAACCAGUCUGUUUGCUCUGCUCUCCCCUCCUCUUCCUCCUCCUCCUCCUCCUCUGCUCCUCCUGGAUUCAGCUCUGGAUUCUGUCUGGAGGAGCUGCCACCUGCUCAGACAGUUUCUGACUCUACUUUCCUCAUGUCGUGUGGGGAGAACGGCAAUGGCGACGAGUUUGACCCUAUUCCUGUGCUCAUCUCCAAAAACUCAAAUCAAGCUCUGCAAGGGGAGAGCAAUGACUACUCUGUGGGGGAGGGUCAAGAGACUGAACCUCCAGCAGAAGAUUCUGAAACAACUGAGCUCCACUCCAGUGAUGAAGAUGAGGAGGAAGCCAUCCAUAAGAAACAGCAGCAGGAUGGGGGAGAUGAUGAGAGUCACAUAGCAGCCCAUGACUGCAGUGGAUCCAGACCUCUGCUGCUGGAUUCUGAGGAUGACGAAGAACAAGGAACUCAGCUAGUGCUCACCUCAUCACUGCACACCAGCACAAUACCGGCACAACCGUCAACUACCUUCCAUCAACCUAGUUCGAGCACCUUAGCACAGAAUCAUUCCCAGCAUGUACAUGAACCAGCAAAGGGGACAGAUGUCACUGCAGAUGUCUUCUCUAAAGCCCCCUUUCAGAUUGCACAAGAAGAUGCAGGUGAUGUGUUUGCCAAUGCACCAUUUUCACGUGCUACACUCGCAACUCAGCAUCAGCCUGAUGUAUUCUCACAGGCGCCCUUUGGAAAAAGAAAGGAGGCUCCAGGGGUUCAGCCCAAGACCCCAUACCCUCAUGCAGCUGGAGUUCAGGGUGCAACCCCUGAUCAGUGUGUGCUGGGACAAGUUAUCCCACAGCCAUUCCGUCCUCAAGCUCUGGCCAAAUAUUCUCGACACUUUGAGGGACCCGUGCCUCAGCAGCCAGCAGCAGCUCACAGGCAAACUGCUGUGGCGCCAGUCCCUGUUGGUGGACCUCUUCACUCAUGGACCUCAGAAGUGAGCACUGUAGAUCCCUUUGUCACUGCUCCCUUUCACGUCAAGGCCCCACAGGAAAAGCCCUGAAACACACUGGGAGGUCAGGAGUCAGUGGGUAUUGGCACCACUGAAUUAUGCAAAGUGUAGCAGGUAUACUGCAUGCUGUCACCAGCGCUGCAGCUGGACUACAGGCUUGCAUGGAUGCCAUUUUUAUGUGGAUCCAGUUAGAUCAUCUUUACACUUGAAUGCUCCAUUAAGGGUAAGAAAACUGACAUCAUUUCCAGACUCCUAGUCACUUUUUAUUUUCCUGUCCCAUUCUUUUAUCUUUUGAAUUGUCCAUUUUUUGGUAUGCACAUCUCUACAAAGAUGACAUAGUGGUCAAUCAUUUGAUUGAUUUCUUGCCUACCUCAGUUACUUUUUGUCAGCACUAAAAUACCGAUUUGGCAGUUUUAUUUCCUGUAUAUCUGAGCUUUACUGUGAAACUGUGAUCUGAAUGCCUCAUCCCUCCAUUGUAUCAGUUCUCAGAAAAAUACAAAUUCAGCUCCAAUCAGAGGAUCAGAACUUCACAGAAGCUUGAAAGAAGAAAAGACGCUGUAUAGUAAUUAGUGAGUGAAAAUAAUCCACCUUCUCAACACUUUUGUGACAAGAUGUUUCAGAGGAAUUCAUCUGUAAUGACAUCAAACAAGAAAUUUCUAAAUGGCCUUACUCCCUAGCUAGUUGUUUUGGGCCGUUGAGUCAUUGUGCUUGACAGUUUAUGAAGCAGAUGCUGGAUAAUGCUGCAUAGACAUUUCAAGGAUAACUUUGUUUUCUUACAAUCCAAAAUGUUUGCAUUUUUCAUGUGUAUUAUGUUUGUGGUCACUCUUCUGUCUAAUUAACAUGGAAUGUCAGUGUUUGUUCUCUGUAACAUUCAAACCUUAAGUAAAUGUUAGGCAUAGAAAAUUCAUUAUAGUAGUUUCUGUGUUACAUAAAUGUAGUUUGUUUUUUGGGUUUUUUUUUUUUUUUGCUGUAAUUACUGUACAAGAUAUUUCUGAAGCCUUGCAUUCUUACAGUACUUCUCUCCUACCACAUCAAACUACAUAACAUUUCCUGAAAUACUGCCGCAUUGACAUUGUUUUAUUGCACUUGCAUUCAGUACCAAAUAUAUGUGUACAAUAAUGUACAACUUCCUUUUGCUGUCUGCGGUAUGCACUAAGAUUUUCAUUCAACUCUUUAAUGCAUCUCUAUCAAUUCCAAAUGUCUAACUGUGACUUACAUUUAUGAACAACUGAAGUGAAAACUUUACUUGCAAAUUUAAAAAAAGAAAAAGAAAUCUUAACCUGCAGUCACAAAUAUCUGCAGCACUUGCGAUUAGCAGUUCCAGCAAGGGAUUGUAAUAGUAGUAUUUUGUAAGAAAGAUCUACAGUGGUGAGUGGUUAACGACAUUCCAUUUGAAUUUAUUUCCAUUGCCAUUUGGAAAUACAGUAGUUUGUCUCUGUGUUCUGUAAAAUCAUGAAACACUUUUUGGUUUCCGCCAUGGCACUUUUGAGAAAGGGGAUCCAACCUGUUUCAACCCAAAGGCUAAAUCAUGCUUUUCUUUUGCAAUGUAAAAUCAUCUGCUGCCUCUUCUUAUUGGAGUGUACAGUUCUUUUUAUUAAUGCUCACUGUUUUCACCCAACAUGUAUACAUGAAAGUUGCACAGAGUCAAGGUUUUCUUAGAAUGUUUUUGGAUUGUAACACAGCUAUAAAACAUAUUUAGUGUUGUAUGGGAAAUCAUUGGAAGAUUCAACCUUUGAUCCUUUUAGACAGAAAAAUCACUGAAAAUACUUGUAAAAUGCUGCACAGCUUGCCUUUGAAAACCGUUGUAAGUCAUAAAAAUUAAA